AUGAAGCUGGAAGACGGAAAGAAUCCAAGAAGCGUUCUUUUCUAUACCUCCCCUUACGCGAGAGCAAGACAAACAUGCCAAGGUAUUAUUGAUGGGAUUGAAGACUUGGAGGGAGUUGAAUUUAGAGUGAGCGAAGAGCCUCGAAUGAGAGAACAGGAUUUUGGUAAUUUCCAAAGUACUGCGGAAGAAAUGGAGAGAAUAUGGGGACAACGAGCACAUUACGGGCACUUUUUUUACAGAAUCCCGCAUGGGGAAAGUGCAGCUGAUGUGUAUGACCGGAUUGCUAGCUUUAAUGAGACUCUAUUCAGACAGUUUCUGCGGGACAGCUUUCCCAAUGUCUUGGUCUUGGUAACGCACGGGAUUUGGGCACGUGUCUUUCUAAUGAAAUGGUUUAGGUGGACCUACGAGGAGUUUGAGUCUCUUAGAAACAUUCCACAUUGCCAGUUCUUAGUCAUGAAGCAAGGCCCAGACAUGAAAUACCAACUUAAAACACCGCUAAGAACCUGGGAUGAGUUACCGGACUCUGAUGUCGAGGAAGAAUUACGAAAGGAGUUUGCCCUGGAAGUGAACUUCAAUAGUAAGAACAAACUUUUGAAUCCCGAAGACCUUGACAUUGCCAGUAUUUUGCGGGCACAAACUGAAGCCAUUCGGGAGAGCCGAGUGAAAGAUCAGGAAAUUAAACAAGCAUAUGCACAAUCCAUGAACAAGUACAAACAACUUUCGAAGUUCAUGCAGAACAAUCAAAGCGUAACAAACAGCGUGGAAGAUGUUAGCUCUGGUUGUUGA